AUGGAUAUGGGUGGUGGAGCAAGGCAAAAAGUGAGAAAGCCAAGGGCAGACAGAGGAAGGAGAAGUUGGAGCAGGCAAGAGGAAGAAGUUCUAAUUGGGGCUCUGAAAGGAAUUGUCGCUAUUGGAUGGAAAGCAGAUAAUGGAUUCAGAAUGGGGUUUUUGAACGUUCUAGAACAGGAACUGAGGAAACAAAUGCCUGAAACUGAUUUACGAGGACUGCCACACAUCAACUCCAAGAUUCAUAUUGAUGGAAAUGCUCGCUUAAAGCGAUAUAAAAGUUGGCCAUACUACUAUGACUGGAUCCACAUUUUUGGAAAAGAUCGGGUGACGGGCGAACAAGCCGAGGACAUUCUCGAUGCGGUCAGCAAUGUCAACAUUGGAAAUCCUGAUAUAUCACCUACCCCAGAAACACAACCAACUGAUGAUUUUGGACUUGACCAAGAUGAAAAUGUUCCAGAAACAUUGUCUGAAAGCAUCCCGCCUUCCUCAAGUGGAGGUAAGAAAAGUAGCGGCCGCAAACGGAAAUCAAUUGAAUCUGCUGAUCCUUUAUGUGAUGUCAUGAGAAGCUUCUCUGAAAAUAAAAGUGCUCGGUUAUGUGAAGUUGCAAAACGAAUCGGUUAUGAGUACGAUGUGUCCCAAGCACGAAAGGAUGUGUUCGUUGUAGUUCGUGGCAUUGAGGGUUUGAACUUACAGGAACAACUUUUCAUAUCGAAGAUACUUGUGAAGAACACGGAUGAGCUAGACUUGUUCUUCAGCUUGGAUGAGGGUGCAAAAGCAGAAUUUGUUCGGAUGAAAUUAACAGGGACCUUUUAG